CGGUUGUCGAAUCAUCGAAUGUCGAGUUCGAUUUUGCCGACUGUCAUUUGUUUUUCGUAUUAAAAAUUGGAAAAUUAAAAACAGAAAUACUGUGUAAAUAUUGGUGGUAGCAGCUGAUGUCGAGGUUUAGAUUACCGACCUAUCUAAAAUAAUACACUUCAAAACAAUUUGAAUACUUUACAUUCAGUGUUUUUUAAUAGCAACUGAAACGAAAAUUACACCGUGGAAAAAAUAUUUCUUGAAUAGAGAUCAAAAUGAAACCUGGUGGCGGUGGUGAUGAAUAUGAGGAGCCAGAACAUACUAGAAAACUGUUCAUCGGCGGUCUAGAUUAUCGGACAACAGACACAUCUCUUAAGGAAUUUUAUGAGCAAUGGGGCGAGAUUGUAGAUGUAGUAGUUAUGAAGGAUCCACAAACCAAACGGUCUAGAGGUUUUGGCUUCAUUACAUAUUCUAGAUCCCAUAUGAUUGACGAUGCUCAAAAAAACAGGCCGCAUAAAAUUGAUGGAAGAAUUGUGGAACCAAAGAGAGCAGUGCCGCGAGAAGAGAUAAAAAGGCCAGAUGCAAGUGCAACGGUAAAGAAGCUGUUUGUAGGUGGCCUCAAACAGGAUAUUGAGGAGGAGGACUUGAGAGAAUACUUCAGUUCCUACGGCGAUAUUGUAUCAGUUAGUUUAGUAACUGAGAAGGACACCGGCAAGAAGAGAGGAUUCGGUUUUGUAGAAUUUGAUGACUAUGAUCCAGUUGAUAGAGUAUGCUUGCAGAUGGACCAUAAGAUCAAAGGUCGUCACUUGGACGUUAAGAAGGCUCUUUCGAAGUCUGUGAUGGCUGGUGGUAGCGGCAGUGGCGGCGGUGGCGGCGGCGGAGGUGGCGGAGGUGGCGGUGGCGGUGGCGGCAGGCGCGGCGGUCGCGGCGGUUGGGGCAACCGACAGGGAGACGAGUGGGGAGGUUCAGGGUAUGGCCAAGGUGGCGGCUGGGGCAGUCAAAGUCCAUGGGACAAUGCAGGAAACUGGGACAACCAGGGUUACGGCGACCAGAGUUGGGGCCAGUCAGACAAUUUUGGAGGAGGGUACCAGCAGAACUAUGGAGGUGGGCCAAUACGUCCCAAUUAUACCAAUAACUCACGCCAACAGCCGUACAAUUCAGGUGCAGGCUAUAAUUCCGGCGGGGCACAAAAUUUUAGUAACAUGGGUGCCUCUGAUUCCACCGGGACUAAUCAACGCCGCUACUAAACUCGCUGAUUCUCUUGUGUCAAGUCGCUUAGUUGAAGCUAGGCAGGCAGAUAGAAUAGACACAAGUAGGCACGGAGUUCAGCUUAGUGAGGCAAGCGGACUAAUCAUCGUCUUAGUCAGUUUACGUUUAUUUCACAAAUAAAAGGUUUGUUUAAGGUAUUGUGAGGCACUACAACUUCUUGAUCUUUAAUAUCGACUAGCACUAUUUAUUCACAGUUUUUACAUAUUCGUAACUAACUACACAUGGCACAGCGACUUUGCUAAGGACGCGUCCGUGGUAAACUUGAGGCUUGUUUAGUUUACACAGUCAGUGGUGUAGCGUGAGUUUGCCGCUAUCGGUCAAGCCGGAAUGCCCGCUCGUGUUUACAACGCGUCAAAUCCUUAUUUAAUAAUGGAUCCUUAAAAAAACUAGCUAGCCGGAUGAACGGUUUUUUAAAUAUUUUUCCAUUCCUCGUGGAAAUAAAGAAUUAUUAUUUCUGGUAUAAUUUUACUUUAAACUAUGAAGAGGUUUUAUGUAUUUCUUACUUUCGACGAUAAAAGGGGGAGAGUUAAAACUUUUGUUUCCUUGUGUCGUACCCUGAAAUCUGUCGGCCUUUGGCCCUUACGCUAUGCCACUGUCUACAGUCUUGUGACGUCAUAUUGUGUCAUUUGCAGGCUGUGUUUCACACAAGGUUAAAUCUGAGCGCAUAUAAGUUACUAUCGGAAUUCGGAUUGGUGUGUUGGAUACCAAAACUCCACUGUUUUAAAGGAAAUAACAUUUAUUACGUCGAAAGGAAAACAUAACUAUAAUAUUUUUUUUGUGCAAAAUAACUUUACCUGUAACUCUAGCGAGAAAGCAGUAAUUGCGAGCGGUUUUUCCCCCGCAAAGUUAUUCGUUCUACGAAGAUUCUGCAAUUAAGCUUUUUUUUACAAUUAAAAUUAAAACUGCAUUUUCAUGUAGCAUACAUUUUCGAACUAUUAAAUGAUGGACGAAUUUUAUAGUGCGUGCGACUAGCGUGAUUUUGUCGCGCCUAUAAUGUUUCUGAUCCCAAAUAUUAUGUAUUGUGAUCUUAAGACUUAGUACUGAAAUCACGAAAACUUUUCGAUGGUAAAAUAUGUGCGUCUCGCCCCUAUAUUCGAAUCCGAAAGUGCGUGGGAAACUUUGAUUGGGCGCUUGAUGAUAGUUGAACUUUUGUAAGGUUAUUCUUCUGCAUUACCUAGGUAUGCUAAACUUGACCAGCCGGCUGAUACAGGGUGGGAAGGUUAAUUUGAGGAGGAACUUCCUAGAAUUUUAAGUAUCUCCUUUUCCAUUAAAAUAUAAAACAGUAAAUAGUUCAUCUGUAAGCUCGCCUACCUCUUUUUUACAUUAUGCCAAAACGGUCUGCUAAUUUAUAUUUAUUUUUCAACAAAACAUUCUAGACAUUUUUUUCUACUACAGGCCGGCUAGCAGGUCUAGUUUGGAAUAUUUGGGAAGCUAGUGUCACUAAGGUUUAGCCUUAGUCAAAAUUGCCCACGAUCUCUCGCACAUUAGUUUCUCAAUUAACGACCAUUUUAUGGAAAUCGAUUGAUAAUUUUAGCUAAAAAGCCUCAAGUUUGUCGGUGUUUGGCUUAAUAUUUUUAAAUAAAAGAGUUAUAAUGUUUCUUUUAAAGAGAGUUUUGAUUGAGUUUAAUUGUAAAAGCUGUGUGAUCUUAUGGGGUCUGUGUUCCUAGUUUUAAGUUUAAAUAUCUUUACAAUUUAUCAACAUUCCAUUAAAUUUUGAAGCAAUAUUUUUGUAUCGAGCAACAGUCAUUCUAUCUCACGAAGACCCAUUGCGAAAAGUUGUUGUGUUGGAUGCACAUGAACAUCGUUUUAGCGUGCUCGGAUCCUUGUUUUCAUGUGAAAUGUAAACACAGAGUAUGUAUCGCACUCGAAAACGCUUUUCGGUACACCACAACCCAAGUUUAACGGAAUUCGUGAAAUAGAAUAACUAUACCUGGCUUUCAUUUGUAAUUAAAUUAAAAAUUAUAAAGAUAUAAUAUAACAUGCUACAAUGUUUAAAUGUGUAUUUCGUCAACGAUUUUAAUAAUAUAUAUUGGUAUUUUGUGAAAUGAAUUUUAUAAUA